ACUACCCGCGUGCCAACCUUUCAAAAAUUGACCACGACCACAAUUUGUUUUUAGCCGAAAGCUCGUCUAAAUUUUUAUCAAAUUCAGUUGUUAAAAUGGUUCUUUUAACUAAUGAAGAGUUCCUGUCGAAGCUUACCCUGCUAGCACAAUCAGCCCGAAAAGAUUCCUCCUUCACAGUCACAAUAAAACGAUACGAUGGGCACGACCGGCCAAAGCCGCGGGAAGGAAAGCCACCCCUGCCGACACCCGCCGAGUACAGCUGCCUGAUCCGGGCCCGGUCCGGUGCGAAGAAGCUCUCGACCGUGGUGAAGCGGGACGAGGUGGCCAAGUUCAUGGAAUCGUACUCGAAAGUGCUAAAGUCCAGCAUGGACGGGCUGAAGAAGGUGAAGAAAGUGAAAAACAAAGCCAAGGCAGCCCAGGGAUAGUGCGUUUGGUCACAGGGCGAAACACUCAUCGGAUUUGUUGCACCCGGGAGUACGCAACAAACAGCGCUGGGCUAACCGCGUGGUGUUUUGUUUUAUUUUAAAGUGUUCACUAGUUUAUCUAUGGACGCGGUGCAAUGUGGUACGGCACACACACACAUACGGAAAUCACUAGUGCAUUUUCUUUAUUCGUUCAUUUUGAUUGGGAACAGCCUCUUUCUGUUGCAUUGCUUCCGUUCCCUACUUCCUUACUUUCGUGCGAGGCCGGAUCCAAAUCACCGUCAAACACCGAACUGUGUGUUUUGUUUUUCUCCUACGCGUUUGAGAUCCGCCACACACAUACACACCCACAGAGCUGGCAAAACGAAGAAGAUGGACAGUGUAAUUUUGCUGUAGAAUUAAGCGUGUAAUGAAUUUAAUAUAAAAGAGAAGGUGAAUUUAAACUGCAAA